GGAUAAAACCCUCAACUUAUCCCGCCAUUUUGCAGUUAAAUUCAGCUGAAUCCAGGUGAAAUUAGGGCUCACAGAUCGACGAUCAUAGUGAAUAAAGAUAUAGAGAAGCUGUGGAGAGCUGAGCAUGGGAACCGAAAUCGAUCGACUCGAUUCUCCACCGUCGCAUAAUCUCCGGCCGCAAAUCGCCACCGGCCGGCGAUAAUUCUCUGACCAUAUCCGUCGUUCCUCACCGGAACUCUAUUGAACGACAUCGUUUCCGUGCAUCUCACACCCAACGUCCUAUAAACGCAGGUCUUUUCUCUGGUUCAUUCCUUUGUCCUGUUUCGUUCUUUUUUUUCUUGCGUUUUUUUUUUUCCAUUGAGUAGAAAUUCGAUGGGAGUUACUGAUUUGGUUUUACCGCCGGCGACUCCUCCUGCUCUUCCGGUCAAUCACUCCGCCGUCCGGAGCUUGGGAGAUGACGCCAGCCUCCGACCCCAACUCUCUCUCCGGCGACCCAAACGAAACCGCAAAAGCGUGAAGCUUCAAGCAGAACCCAUAAUCCAGAACCCAAAACCCAUCGUCACCGAACGCUUGAUCGGAGAUUAUGGUGGCCGUAGCAAUGGAAUCAUGCAACAAGCUGAUUCUCGUUGCUCAGUUUCCGACAUCCUUCGGCUGACAACCAGUCUCUCUCUCCCUGUGACAGAGGAUCUCUACUCUACCUUGGCUGAGGAAUGCACCGCGACGUGUAACGGUCGUGGAGCGUAUGAGCUCCAAAUUCAUAUCGUGAACUCCGGCUUAAGGCCGACAAUGGCUUUGCUCAACCGUCUCCUUCUGAUGCACGUAUCGUGUGGUCACUGGAACAUCGCCCGCCAACUGUUCGAUAAAAUGCCCGACAGAAAUUUUCAUUCCUGGGCUAUUGUGAUUCCGGGGUGCGUUGAAGCUGGUGAUUACGACGACGCGAUUGCUCUGUUUUCAGCUCUUUUGAGACACCAGGAUGGUGCUUGGGAUCUUCCGGCUUGGAUCAUGGCCCGUGUUCUUAAAGCUUGUGUCUUGGUCGGAGAUUUGGACUCAGGGAAGCAGGUUCAUGCCUUGUGUCUCAAAUUGGGAUUUGUCACCAAGGAUUUAUAUCUAUCGAGUUCCUUGAUGCAUUUAUAUGGGAGACUCGGUUGUUCGGAAGAUGCUAACCUUGUGUUCGACCAGCUAUCACAUACCAACACCAUUGCUUGGGCAGCGAAGAUUGCUAACGACUGUAGAGGAGGACAGUUCCACGAGGUUAUCCACAAUUUCAUCGAAAUGGGCAGGAAUGGGAUCAAGAACAAUGUAUCGGUUUUCUAUAACGUCUUAAAGGCAUGUGCUUGGAUGAGCAAUGGAGAAAGAUGUGGGCAGCAAGUUCAUGCUAAUGUCAUAAAGCUCGGGUUUGAAUCAGAUUGUUUCGUCGAAAUCGGGCUGGUUGAAAUGUAUGGUAAAUACGGGCUGGUGAGAGAUGCGGAGAAGGCGUUUGAACGUACAAAGGGCGAUAGAAAUAUUACCUGGUGGAAGUGGAACGCUAUGGUCACAUGUUAUACACAGAAUGGAUUUUAUGUUGAGGCCAUUAAGCUUCUCUAUCAGAUGAAAGCCUCUGGCUUUGACAUCCAGGAUGCGCUCAUGGACCAGGGCGUGUGGUUCUAAUAACAGACGAUGAACGAAUUCAUGACUAUAGGACUAUACAUAUAUAUGUAUAUAACAUUGUCAAAGUCGGAAGAAUUCAACC